UCUGCUGUAGGACGUUGUGGGGGGCUGAUUCGUUCUCACCUGGGGAGGAUACAAAAAUAGAAAGCCCUAACGCGUCUCGCACUUGCGCCCCGGGAAUAUUUACAAAUUAUCCAUUAUCCACCGGAGGGAUACAAGGAUUUUUCGGCUAAUUGUCAGCCAGAUUGCCAGAGAAGAAAAACCCUAGCAGUUGAAGCCUUGAAGGGCGGGGAUCAAAACAUAGAUCAGUAGCCAUGGGAAAUACAGAGAAGCUCAUGAAUCAGAUCAUGGAACUUAAGUUCACAUCCAAGAGUCUGCAACGUCAGGCCCGCAAGUGCGAGAAGGACGAGAAAGCCGAGAAACUCAAAGUCAAGAAGGCAAUCGAGAAGGGAAACAUGGAUGGGGCUCGAAUCUACGCCGAAAACGCCAUCCGCAAGCGUAAUGAACAGAUGAAUUACCUUAGGUUGGCGUCUCGUCUUGAUGCCGUCGUUGCUCGGCUUGACACGCAGGCAAAGAUGACUACGAUUAGCAAAUCGAUGGGUUCGAUUGUGAAAGCUCUCGAUUCGUCUCUUGCUUCCGGGAAUUUGCAGAAGAUGUCAGAGACGAUGGAUCAGUUCGAGAAGCAGUUUGUCAACAUGGAGGUUCAGGCCGAAUUCAUGGAGAGUUCCAUGGCUGGAAGCACGUCUCUAUCAACUCCCGAAGGGGAGGUCAACAGCUUGAUGCAGCAAGUGGCAGAUGAUUAUGGCUUGGAGGUCUCGGUGGGGCUGCCCCAACCGGCAGGUCAAGCGAUACCGACCAGAACGGCGGAGAAGGCAGACGAGGACGAUUUGUCAAGGCGCCUCGCCGAGCUCAAGGCCAGAGGGUAAGAGAAUUGUGCGGUCUCAUGUGGGUAAUUCCUGUUAUGUUAAGAUUUAUGUAAUGUAAUUAUCAGAUAGAGCUCUGCCUUCUAUUUGAAGAACAUACAUGUAAAUUAACUGGAUUACGCUUUUGGUUUCCAUGUAGUCUUCGGUUCGGUAUCUAGUGUACAGAGAUGACUAUGCUCUUUAUGUGGUUUGGAUUUCUUUAUGUAGAUUUCGUUUUCUUUAUGACUGGAAAUUACCUUUCCUUUUAAGAUUUGAUGACUGAUGCUAUUGUUUGGA